AUGCCUCUUCACCGCGUCCCAAAGCUGCCGCGAGCCAAGACCUCCGAGGUCCUCUGCAUGGGCGCCGCUGGCGUCGGCGUCCUGACGCCGCUUUACCUCGUCAUGCCUGGCGCCGAGGAGCGCCUUGCACGCCAGACGACAAAGUGGGCGCCCCGAUGGGAGCGCAACAUCACCUACUUUGCCCCUCCCGUCGAGCGCACUGUCCAGCGUAUGGAGCCUCCCAUCUCCAGGGCGGUUCAGCGCGUUGAGAGCCGACUGCCGCUCGAAAAGAUGGCCAAGCGCGUUGACAGCGGCAUCCGCAGCGGCAUCGACCGCUUUGGCCCCAAGUCUGGGCCCUCGUCACCCUCAUCAUGA